AAUCCCUCUUUGUAUUUAUAGGACAAUAAGGUUCUCUUUAAUAUGGAGAAAAUAGCAGGCAAUAUGGGGUCAGGUCCAGAGCAAAGCAGAGAGGGGCUUCUCUCUCGGAAAAGAUACUCAGGUUUCGGAUUUAAUGACUCAAGACGACGCUUCUGCGGGAUCUGUAACUUGUGGCAUUCUGAUCGUCGGAAGCUCUUCUUUGCCGUCAAGAUGGGAAUGGCUCUUGCCAUUUGCUCCUUCCUUAUUUUCCUUAAAGAGCCUCUGCACGCUGCCAGUAAAUUCUAUGUCUGGGCCAUCCUUACUGUUGUUGUGGUUUUCGAAUAUUCCGUAGGUGCAACGUUGGUCAAAGGGUUCAACAGAGCUUUAGGCACAUUCUCUGCUGGGGGACUUGCUCUUGGCAUCGCCAGGCUCUCUGUUCUAUCAGGAGAUUUCGAGCAAUUUAUAAUCAUCAUAUUCAUUUUACUUGCAGGUUUCAGUGCUAGUUAUUUGAAACUCCACCCAGCCAUGAAGGCAUAUGAGUAUGCGUUCAGGGUGUUCUUGUUAACAUACUGUAUCGUCCUUGUUUCUGGAAACAACACGGGAGAGUUCUUUAGUACCGCGUAUUACAGGUCUUUGUUUAUUGUGCUUGGUGCAACCAUCUGUUUGGUUGUGAAUAUAUUUAUAUCUCCAAUAUGGGCCGGGGAAGAUCUCCAUAAACUGGUGGCUACAAAUUUCAAAAGUGUAGCAAAUUCACUAGAAGGAUGUGUGAAUGGUUACUUGCAAUGUGUGGAAUACGAGAGAAUACCUUCGAAGAUUCUUAUAUACCAAGCUUCAGAUGAUCCAUUAUACAGCGGGUACAGAUCAGCUGUUCAGUCUACAAGUGAAGAAGAUUCUCUGCUUGAGUUUGCCAGGUGGGAGCCUCCACAUGGACCAUACAGAACGCUUAACCAUCCCUGGAUAAACUAUGUGAAACUUAGUGGUGCAGUAAGGCAUUGUGCUUUCACGGUCAUGGCAAUGCAUGGCUGCAUUCUUUCAGAGAUACAGGCAGCUCCAGAGAAACGACAGGCUUUCCGUCACGAGCUUCAAAGAGUUGGCAACGAAGGAGCAAAAGUUCUGCGUUUGAUUGGAAAAAAAGUGGAGAAAAUGGAAAAGUUAAGCCCCAGAGAGAUUCUUAAGGACGUUCAAGGUGCAGCAGAGGAACUACAGAUGAAAAUAGACAGUAAAUCUUACCUUCUUGUCAACUCAGAAAGCUGGGCGGCUACUAAAGAGCAAGCUGAAACAGAAGAGGCUCGAGGAAACAAUCACAACGAAACCAAGGUGAUCAAAUCACUCAGUCAGAUUUGGGAUACCAACAGUAGCAACAGUCAUAAUCCAGCCAGUGCUAGUGAAUCUCAAAUAUGGGUGUCAACAGAGAGUAUGAUGCUAAGGAAUCGCGAGAUGUGGCCAAGUGUGUCUUUCAUAGGCGGUUCUGUGGUAAAUGAGAUGGAAGGCAAAAUAUACGAAAGCGCGAGUUCUUUGUCUUUGGCUACGUUUGCUUCCCUUCUGAUCGAGUUUGUUGCAAGGCUGCAGAAUAUUGUCAAUGCCUUUGAGGAGCUUAGCACAAAAGCAGAUUUCAAAGAUCAGGUUAAACAGACUCCUGCUAACGUAGUAGAUCAAUUGUAAUUAAUUGUGGAAAAUAAUUAAGCCACUCAAACGGUUAUAUUUCACUUGUGGAAGCACAUGAAUAAUUUAAUUCACAACCAGAUUUCUAUUACUGCUUCAGCUGUGUUCCAGGUCAUUGAUCGAGACAUGAGGAAUAAUAGUCUAGUUUUUACCACCACCACCACAGCCUCUUCCGGAUCGGUUAGCGAAUAAAACUAACUAUUCAUUAAAAAAAACAAUUUUGUUGUGCUUUUAAUGAUAUAAGACAUGCAUUUGCGUAUUUAAAACUUUGUUUUAUAUUAUUUUGUAUAUUAUUUCUGUAAUCAAUAUUAAACUUUUGAUAUUAAUGGAAAUAUUUACCCAAAAAGAAUAUUUGUACAACAACAAAAUAAACUCGAUAUACAUGUUUAGGGUUUAAGAAAAAAAAGUCAAUCUCUCUAAUUACAAUUUACACAGCCACAUUGCCCUACUCAGCUAUCGAACUCAACUCCACCAUAAAUUUCCUCCUCCCUUUACCGCCACCACCAGAGCCUCUUCCACCGCAACCAUAUUAUUCCUUUGUGGUUAAGAUAAGCUUGUGCUUGUAGGCUAAUUUGGUGGUCCAUCUUGUUUUUAUUUCUUUUUACCAAGAUGGCUCAGUACUAAGAUCUUCUUGUAAAUCUUUUAUUCAUUUCUACGAUAUUUAAAAUUUAGCAAAAAAAAUUAAGAGAUAUUUUUUUGCAGAAGUUGAGACCAAGUUCUGAGAUAGGUGCAAUAUUGGGUUGUCUGAUUUUAGGUUUGAAGAAAAGGAAAUAUUUUUCUAAUGUUCAUUUUUGUUCAUCAAAUUUUCAGGUCUUUCUAAUAGAUAAGUAAUGCAUAUCAUUAUAGUAUGAUUUAGUUUUAUGUAUCUGACUUUUCUUCAUGUUGCUUUCCUAUUUUUCUGUUUUCCCAAGAUUAUAUAUACCACCAUAAACGAAAAGAAAUGAUUUUUAGCCGACACAUACACUGAUCUAAACAACUUUUUGGGUCACCAAAUUAUUGGGUCAACCACGGAAUAGUAAAUUAAUUACUUUUAAUAUGUAAUUAUAUAUUGUCUAUUAAAGAUAUAAGAGAAAUUUUGCAAUUUUUUUUUUUUAAAUAUUAAAAUAUGUAAACUUGGUGUCUUUAUAUUUUACUUUCGUUUCACACAUAAAAUAUUUUGCAGUUAAUAAUUUUUGUAAAAUGUUAGGAGAGGACAUAUAAUGAAACAUAGCAAGACAUAAAUCUCAUAAGUUUUAGAUAUCUAAUACCAACAAUACGAAUAAAUUUUAAAUUAAAAUAAACCAAACGUAAAUAUCAAGAUUACAAUAUAUUUUUUAUAACAAAAUUAAAUUAAUAUUAAAUCUCAUUAACUAAAUUUAGUUCUUUCUAUCAUCGUUCAUUAUAUCUUCUUCAGAUGGUAAAUUGAAUUGAGUUUGGAGGAGAAUAUGGCACCGUAGAGAACGACGAGGUGAUGUCACAAUUUCUUUUCUUUGAGUUUCUUUAAUGUUGUUGAUCUUGAUUUUUUUCGUUGUUAUUUAAAUUGUUAUAGUAUGCUGUAUUGAUAUGAUAUGGUGAAAAAUAAUUACUCUAGACCAGUGAAUGUGUGUAUCACCAUGUCUGCAAAAAGAAGAAGAUGUGAAGAAGAUGAACUCGCCGACUAUACUAUAUGUAGUGAAAGAAAAUUAUAGUCUAGUACGAUUCUUAUAUUUUUGUACCAUUCGAAAGUACCAAACUAAAUAGUAUGCUACGGUUCUUGUAUUAUUGUACCAUCGAUUGUUUGAUAAAUUCAUUAUUUAUCAA